AACCUUUUAAAUUCUUUUGGCAUAACCUUGCUAAAAUUAAGCAUAAGAUUAUCGAAGUAAACCAAUUAGAGGAAGAAAUUAAUGAAGAUAGAAUUAAACAUGCUAGAAAAGUUAAAGCUCCUAAAUUUCAAUACCUUAAAAACCUAGAAAAAAUCGAUUUUUCAGAAUUUGAAAAAGAACAAUCUAAAGAGCUUAACUCACAAUAUGCUAAAAAUCUUAAAAUGCAUGUAGAUAAACUCUAUAAAGACCACAUAGAAAACCUAACCAACUUUGUUAAUUCAAUAGGUAACGAAGGACAUCAAAUUCAAGAAACAAUAGAAUUUCCUUUCAAAAUAAGCCUAUACAAUAAUCCUUUCUCUGAAGCCCAAACUUUAUUCAAUAAUCUUUAUGCUGAAGGCCUAAUCGUACUAAACAAUUGUUUAGAAAAAACAGAGAAAAAAAGAAUUGAAAAACUCUCAAAAAAUAAACAAGGAAUACAAGAAACUCUAGGAGACGUUAUUACUGAAAGAAUAAAAGCACAAAUUGGACCGUGA